AUGAGCUGGAAAUGGACCCCUUCAGAACCCUUGCUUGUGAUUCUACCUCACAGAUCGGGGAGGUUCCUUCCCUGGCAUGAAACCUGUAGUGCGAACACCCCGGCUAUUCCUACUGCCGAACCUGAUGAGCAAGACCAAGGGGAACAGCGACUGGAUGCGAAGGCUCCUUUCCCUACUCCCAAACCUAAUAGGGAUAUGGCAGAUCCACGGAAGACUGGAGCCCUUGCUUCUUUCGAAAGGACUAGUACUAGAUCAGCUAUUGGAUUGACCCAUGGCAAACGAACGAAUACGGCUGUUCCUUGCCCCUUCCUUUGCUUUGUUCAUGUCUUGGAUGUCAAAACAGAAGAAGCAAUCGGAAUAAGAAGAAGGAAGAGGCAAACAAUAAUCCAUACUACUACUCUUUCUUAUCUGGAAAGAACAGAUCACUAUACGACCAUUCUUUCUAUAGAUCGAGGUUUUUUCCAUUGCCUCAAAGACAAGACGCCGUCCGAUCGCCAAAUACCAGACUUAUUUCUUUAUCUAUGCAAGUAUAAGAAAGCUCAUACUUUCGCCUUCCCCCCUGCCCGGCAGCUAAACCUGGACUUCCGCAUCAAAGAAAGUGUUUCGUCCAAGACUUCUGACGAACCU